GUGAAGCUGUGUGAGCUUCUUGCCCUGAAGACGGUCUGCUCCGAGGGAGAGGCGGCUCCCCAAUGUCCUGACUGGCUUUGUGGGGAGCAGUUCCAGAGCAUCGCCCGGGGACUCGGUGACACCGUCCCCCUGUGUUGUUAGGUCUCCUGGCCCGUUAGACUGGAGCAGUGAGUGAAGAGCAGGAGGAUGAGUUUACCUCUGUACGCAGCAUUGGUGAGCUCUACGGCCUCCGGUUCUGAUGCCACAUUUCAAAACAUUAUUCUGUGGUCCUGCCUGGAGAGCAGGGACCAGAGCAGACGACCGCUCAUGGCCCCUUCCAGGCCUAGGCUUCUAGGAAGAAGGGGGUUAAACAUUGGAGACGGGCCAGCAAAGAGCCCCCAAAGACUUGGAUGGCUGGAGGAAAUGCCUGAGUGCGGGAGACUUGGUCCAUCUGAUUAAUACGUCCAGAACAGGCUAAAUGUUGCCUGGAUUACAGCACAGGCUGCUAAAGUCACCUAAUGGAGCACGGGAGAACAAGAGCCAGCGGCCGGAAGCUGAACCAAAUUGAAAUUAGAAAUAAGGCAUAUGCACAGAGUCAAGAAGGAGGUGAUGGAUUCUCCAUGGCUUUGGCCAAGGCCCGGGGCCUUUCUGGAAGACGCUUUAGUCAUUCCCAACUUUUUCCCGGCCUUCACAUCUAUGAACCGAGGAGUGUGAGAUGGCCAGGGGAAUGCCAGGGGAGCAUGGACUAUGGAUCUUUGUGAACCGCAGCCUGGCUCUGGAGAAGAUCAGGUGCUUUGGUUUCGAUAUGGACUAUACGCUGGCGAUAUACAAGUCCCCAGAUUACGAGGAGUUGGCCUUCGAGCUGCUGCUGGACUGUCUGGUCUCCAUUGGGUACCCCCACGAGAUCCUGAAGUACCAGUAUGACCCGACCUUCCCCACCAGGGGCUUGGUGUUUGACACUCAGUAUGGGAACCUGCUGAAGGUUGACUCUCAUGGGAACCUGCUGGUCUGCGCCCACGGCUUCCGCUUCCUCAAUGGGGCUGAGAUCUGGAAUUAUUACCCCAACAAGUUCAUUCAGCGGGACGAUAUGAAGCGAUUUCACAUUCUCAACACGCUCUUCAACCUCACAGAGACCUAUCUCUACGCCUGCCUGGUGGAUUUCUUUACCAACUGCUCCAGAUACGUCAACUGUGACACUGGCUACAAACAUGGCAACCUCUUCAUGUCAUUCUGUAGCAUCUUCCAGGACGUGCGCGAGGCCAUGGACCACGUGCAUCUCUCGGGCUGCCUGAAGGAGAAGACCCUGGAGAACUUGGAGAAGUUCGUGGUGAAAGACCCCCGUGUGCCCCUGCUGCUGAGCCGCAUGAAGGAAGCGGGGAAGGUUUUCCUGGCCACCAACAGCGAUUACAACUACACAGAUGCGAUAAUGACGUACUUGUUCACCUUGGAUCCGGGAGACAAGGUCCAGCGCCCAUGGCGCUCCUAUUUUGACCUGAUUGUCGUGGAUACGCGCAAGCCACUCUUCUUCGCCGAGGGGACCGUCCUGCGGCAGGUCAACACGGACACAGGGAAGCUGCGUAUCGGGACCUACACCGGACCCCUCCAGCACUGCGCUGUCUAUUCUGGAGGCUCCUCGGACAUGGUGUGCGACCUCCUGGGGGUGAAGGGCAAGGACAUCCUCUACAUCGGGGACCAUAUCUUCGGGGACAUCCUAAAGUCCAAGAAGAGGCAGGGCUGGCGCACCUUCCUGGUGGUGCCCGAGCUGGCCCGAGAGCUGCACGUGUGGACAGAGAAGAGUGAGAUCUUCGAGGAGCUGCGGAGCCUGGACGUGCUGCUGGCGGAGCUCUACCAGCCCUUGGACAGUGGCAGCAGCGAGCGCCCGGACAUCAGCUCCAUCAAGCGCCAGAUCCAGAAAGUCACCCACGAGAUGGACAUGUGCUACGGGAAGAUGGGCAGCCUCUUCCGCUGUGGUUCCCGCCAGACACUCUUUGCCAACCAGCUGAUGCGCUAUGCAGACCUCUACGCCGCCUCCUUCAUCAACUUCCUCUACUACCCCUUCAGCUACCUGUUCCGUGCACCGCCCGUGCUGAUGCCGCAUGAAUCGACUGUAGAGCACGUGCACCUGGAGCUCAGGGAGUCGGGCUUGUUAACGGGGCAUCGGCUGCACCAGCUCAGCUUCCACGGCCACCAGAACCUCAGAGGCAUUUUUCAGGACACUGACGAGGCUGAGGACGACGACGAUGACUGAGCCGGGCCACGGGCUGAUUGCUGACUGGACGGCAGCCGCCAAACCCAGAACAAAGCAUUUUUCUGAGGCAUCAAAAUCCUGUGAAACGGGAGAGUGUUCUGAAAAGAAACACUGCAUGCCAACUAUCCCUGCCAGUCUAGCCUUAGCCACCAGUGCCUAAGGGGGCCCUUUGGAAUCCAGCAGUUGUUUGCAUUUUCCUCCAGGGACUGAUUGAUUCAGUGGAGACAGUUCAUGCCCAGGUAUCCCCUCAACUGCCUCUGAGGCAGAAAGGCCUUUAGCAGCCAGGGAAGGGUAAGAGGCCACUGCUGGUGCACUAGAAGUCUGUGGUAUGCUAGUUUCUCGUCCAGUCCCCACUGAUUUCUCCUUUGCUAGGUUGACGCAUGUAGCAGUUGCUUUGUGUGUGUCUACUACAGUGGUGGGGUUCCUGGAGUCAGAUUCUCACCCCUUACAAGCCAGGAGCUAGUGACCCUGCCCGAUUCCACUGCUCUUACAUGGGAUGGGAAAAGAAAGCUCUGAUUCCCUGGGGAUUGUGGCUGAACCUGGAUGCUAGGGCUUGGAGCAGGCAGUGCUGGUCUGUGCCCUCUGCCUCCACACCCCCACAAGGCAAUGUGAACUCUCAUUCAGUAUAAAUUGAAUAGCUAGAUUUCUUUUGAGCUGGGAUCCCAGCUCCUCCUUCAGGAAACUCUCUGCAGCCCUACUGCAUUUAUAUCAGCAGGGAUGCUUGAUAGUGCCCAACCCCCUCCCACAAACGGAGUACCGUUUUUAAAGGCUUGUGCAUGAAGGUUGUCCUAGGUCUGUUCAGGGAAUAAAAGAAUCCAAACUGUCCCAA